AUGAAUAUAUGGUUACUCAGCAUCAGUGUGCUGAUAGUUUGUAGUGGUUCAGUUAAUGCCACAUUCUGUCGUUGCCAACCAUAUCAACCAUGCUGGCCGACCGAGGCUCAUUGGGCUGCUCUCAAUUCAUCAAUUGAAGGAAAUCUGAUUCCAGUGAAGCCGCUUGCUUACCCUUGCCAUGACACCGAAUUUAAUGUUGCUGAAUGCACUAUGAUAAAACAGAAUGCAUAUAACUCGUCUUAUCGAUCAUCCCAGCCAGGUGCUCUCCAAUAUUCGAAUUGGGAAUCGUGGCCCAAGGAAGAUGAGCAAUGCUAUAUUGAGUCUCCUAGAUCAACAAUAUGCAAACAAGGCCGUGUGUCACUUUACUCGGCCAAAGUGCAAACGGCCAAACAUGUUCAAAAUACUGUCGAAUUUGCGGCACGGCACAACAUCCGGCUUGUCAUCAAAAAUACAGGGCACGACUAUCUUGGACGCUCAUCUUCGCCAAACUCUUUACAAAUCUUUACUCAUAAUUUCAAAGAUAUCUCCAUCAUUGAUGAGUUCGUGCCUACCGUCCCAUUCGGGAUGAGUGUCCCCAGGAGUAUCAAGGCUGUGACCAUUGGAGCUGGUGUUCAGAUGCACGAAUUGUAUUCAUUCCUUGGAUCUAAGGAUACUAUGGUUGUCGGAGGGUCAGCAAAUACUAUUGGCAUUGCGGGUGGGUAUAUUCAAGGCGGAGGGCAUUCUUAUCAAGGCUGGCUUCAUGGGAUGGCGAGCGAUAAUGCUCUCGAGUUCCAGGUUGUUCUAGCUAAUGGCUCACUCAUCUCCGUCAACCAAUACCAGAAUACUGAUCUAUUCUUCGCAUUACGUGGUGGUGGUGGUGGGAGCUUCGGGGUAGUAUUAAGUGUAACCGUGAAAAGUCACGCUAACUACCCCGUAGUUUUCGCUACGCUAAAUUAUACCACGAGUAUUGGACCCUUCUGGAAAGGCUCAGAGGCAUUCCAUCGCCACAUAGUUAACCUAAACGACAAUGGUGGCUCAGGGUACUAUUCAAUGAUACCUAACACUCCAGUGCCGAACUCCCAGAGUCUAUCGACAUUUGUGCUACAUCUGGCGUUUAUCAAUCAAACAAGCACAGAAGCGGCUGGAAAGCUUUUAUCGCCGUUAUUAUCAGACCUAAGAAAAGCGAUAGGAUCCGAGCCAUCACUGCACGUCGUGUCAUUUCCAUCUUUAUCGGGUUUCUAUACAACAUUACUUCGUGGAAACGACACAACAGGCUUUCAAACUCGGUUAGGUUCUCGCCUGAUAUCACGGUCGUUCUUUGAGUCAAAUAACUCUACAAAGCUUACCACAGCUAUCUCAAGCCUUGAAUUCCACCCAGGAGACGCGGUCAUUGGGGCUAUCGUUGCAGGGGGUCAAGUUGCCAAAAACCGUGAUAUCGAGUCUGGACUCAACCCUUCAUGGAGAGACUCAAUGGUCCAUAUUUUAAUCGCCCGCCUUAUGAGUCCAGGUAUGACAUCUAAUGAGCAGGCAGCUAUUUCCGCCAACAUUACGGGUCAGGAUGUACCACUCCUUGAAUCUCUUGAGUCAGGUAUAAUGGGUGCGUAUUUGAAUGAAGCCGAUGCCGAUGAACCUGAUUUUCAGCAAGCAUUUUGGGGCAUCAAUUACCCUCGGUUGCGAGCUAUAAAAGCACUUAGAAACCCACAUAAUCUGUUUAUCGUUCGAAAGGGUGUUGGUAGUGAGGAUUGGGAUGAUGAUGGGCUUUGCCGUCUUUGA